AUGAGUGAAGAAGAAAGCGGACCGAUUAAUGACAAUUUUAUGGAAGACUUGUUUACAAAUACUGAAUACAAGCUUCAGCAUAUAGAAAUGCCGUCUGGUCGCUCAAUUGACUUCAAUGCAUUAAUUUCAUCAAACACUGAUCCAGAUUUAACAGGGCAAAUUAUUUGGCCAGGUUGCAAACUCUUUUUAACUUACAUCGAUGGUAACCUUGAUUGGUUUAAAGGCAAAUCUUGUAUCGAACUUGGUUCCGGAAUUGCUAUUUGUACUCUAUUCUUAACUAAAUUCGGAGCUCCUAAGCUUGCUAUUGCUACAGAUGGCAACAAACUUGUUGUUGAUCUCAUGAAAUCAAACGCAGAAUUAUCUGGUUGCAAAAACAUAAAAUGCAAAUACCUUCAUUGGGGCGUAGAAGCUGCUGAUGCUUUUAAAGCUCAAAAUGGAAUCUUUGAUAUCGUAAUGGGUUCUGAGAUUGUUUAUGAUGAAGCCUGUGUUGAUCCAUUAGUUGUCACAAUUAAUAGCUUACUAUCUCAAGAUGGUCGCUUCAUUGUCGGCCAUAUUUUUAGAUAUAAUCGUGUUACAAGGUAUUUUAUGAAGAGAAUGGACGAAACUGGAUUUGAAUUAGAGAAAGAGAUAAAGUGGGAUGAUAUUAUGAACUACAGGAUGGAAAUGAUAGAAGGAUCUGUUUUAAUAUUUAGAAGAAAGAAAACAUUAUAA